CUAAAGGGAGCUAUGUUGGAGAAAACAAAGUUUAAAUUAUUACUGUGUGGUGUAUUUUUACUUCAGCGUCUCACUUUCUUCUUCUUUUGGCAGCUUCUCCCAAGGCCAGGCAGGAAUCAAAUAUUGAUGCCUCUUCGUCAAGACCGUCAAAGAACUAGCUGUGAUCGAUUGCCAUGCAUAGGCUGCAAAAUUAAAGUGCAGAAAUUGGAAACGCGAAGAUGCCUCCCACAAUAAUCCUCUCGGAAUAUCAUUCAGUCAAGAAAGCCUCAGGGCUUAUUUUCGGAUUUUGUGGUAGCUGGUAACAAUUUUCAAGUUGUUUUGAUAAAGUAUUUCGAAUUCUUGAUGACGUUAUUGGCACUGUGCACAUUUUAAAACUUAUGUAGUUUGCAGUUCAAUGAUUCAAGGCCAGCAAAACGAAGCCAUUGACGGACUAUUUCCUUCUUUAUGUUUUACCCAGUACAUCGAUUAGAUUUUUGCCGGAAUUUCUUUGAUAUCCGGUUUUUGUCAACAAGAGGAGACAGAAGAAUCGAAGGACGAGCUAAAAAUUGCCCGUUGCCUCUUCUUUUCAGAAAAGGCACGACACAUGAGUUGGAAGUUUGUUGAUAUGCUGCUUUCCUUAAUAAUUUUCUGCCAAUAAACAACCCGCUAAAAUACCAAAUGCACAUGCUACAUACCAGCAGCUUUGUAUUCUCCUAGGGCAUGUUGGGUUUUCGGAGAGCCAAGCGUGACAGAGUCAGGUGGUGCGAGCGGCGGUUGCAUCUUGACAGAACAGUAAAGUAGGACUGUAAGACUUUAUAUAAGAGCAAAGCUUAAGAUGCCCUCCAUACUGAGCGAAGUUCCUGUCAUAGAAAAACACCCUGAGUCAUGCACAGUUCAAUUAGGAAGAGAUUGCAAGCUUUUCUGUCACGUCAUUGGCAAGAAUCUUAAGUAUCGCUGGUACAGAAGAUCCAGAUGCUUAGAGGGAGAGACCUCAUCAGUACUCCAUAUAAGGAAGGCCGCCAUGACUGACGCCGGGCAGUAUUCUUGCAUUAUUUCAAAUGACAAGGAAUCUGUGAUCACGUGGGCAACAGUGGACGUCAUAUCAGUAAUCUCUUCUCCUAAAGUCAGAUAGCAGAACUGAAGCAAAGAUUUUUAUCUUCAAUCAUUUAAUAAAGAAACUUGAUGACUAAGAACACGCUUUUCAGAACUGAAGAGAUAUUUAGCAAAGUCUAUUGUUUAAGCUUGUGUUUGGUGAUUGAAACACUGCAUUUCCUAAUACAAUUUUGCACAUGGUGGAGUUUAUAAAGGAAGACCUAGGUUAGCUGAUCAAUUCUGUACACGGAAAUCUAAGAAUUCUCGAUGAUCAAUCGUCCAAGGAGCCGUGCUGCUUGUAAUAUUUGCACGACUACCGUAAAAGCUCUGUCGCCCUCUCCACCGCUUGACCGUUUCUUGCUGACUUAUGAUUUGAAAUAAGUCAUCCUUUUUUCCUACGUUAGGCUUGCAACCCAAAAGAGAGACAGAGAAAAAAAACACAAAUAAGCAAACAAACAAAAAAAGAAGUCUUCUCCUAGAAUUAUAUAUCCACUGCCACGAUUGUUUCUAGGAUUCUAUCACUAAUUUUAACGAUAAUUUUAUGGGCCAAACCCCAACCAAAUUGUAUAUAUUUUAUGUUUUGCUGAAAGCCUUAAAAGGCUGAAUAAAAUUGUAACAAGUGUAAUGUUGGGCAGUCGUAACAGUCCAGUUGAAAUGAAAACAAAGACUAUCAGGUUUGCAUUAUAAACUUUGCAUAACUGUAUUUGAAAACAUACUGCAACAAAGCAGAAUCAACUAUCAACUCAUAGAAAUCGAGAGUGAAUAACUUAAUUGCUGUAGACGAAGUAGUGCCAAGAGAAGAUUAAGGUGAGACUUACCUAAGGAACUAUUGGCUGAAAGUUGCCUCUUGGAAAUUUGAUGUUCUUAAAACAAAUAUUUGCCCG